AGAAGGAUGUCUAAUCUGAAUAAUACACAGUUCCACCCCAUCUCAUUCCUCCUGCUUGGAAUCCCAGGAUUAGAAGAUGUACAUGUCUGGAUCGGCUUUCCCUUUUUCCUUGUUUAUUUGAUUGCCCUUUUGGGGAAUAUCAUCAUUCUGAUUAUAAUUCAGAGUGAUCAGAGUCUCCACCACCCCAUGUUCUAUUUCCUGGCAAUUCUCUCCUCUAUUGACCUGGGCCUAUCCACAUCCACCAUUCCCAAGAUGCUGAGUAUCUUCUGGUGCAACCUGACAAAGAUUAGCUUCCUUGGCUGUGUCUCUCAGAUGUUCUUCAUCCACCUAUUUACUGGCAUGGAGUCAGCUGUACUCCUGGCCAUGGCCUAUGACCGUUAUGUGGCAAUUUGCAAUCCUCUACGCUAUACACUGGUGCUCACCAAUAAAGUGGUAUCCGUCAUUGCAAUGGCCAUAGCCUUGAGACCAGUAUCUGUGGCUAUCCCAUUUGUCCUAUUGAUUCUGCGAUUGCCCUUCUGUGGACACCACAUCAUAGCUCAUACAUACUGUGAACACAUGGGCAUUGCCCGCCUGGCCUGUGCCAGCAUCAAAAUCAACAUUAUCUAUGGGCUAGGUGCUAUUUCAAUACUUGUCUUUGACAUUGUGGCUAUUGUGGUCUCCUAUGUCCAAAUCCUCAGGGCUGUUUUCCACCUUCCUUCUAGGGAUGCCCGACUCAAGGCCCUCAGUACCUGUGGUUCUCACGUCUGUGUCAUGUUGGCCUUCUAUACACCAGCAUUUUUCUCUUUCAUGACCCAUCGUUUCGGUCACAAUGUCCCCCGCUAUAUUCACAUUCUUUUGGCCAAUCUGUAUGUAGUUGUUCCACCUGCCCUCAACCCUGUUAUCUAUGGGGUUAGGACCAAACAGAUUAGAGAGCGAGUAUUGAAGACAUUCUCCCCAAAAUAA